AUGCACGUGCAAGUACUCUCAUACGCUUUUGGCUUGCUGGGUACUUUCCAUCUUGUUGCAACUCAUUGUGUUCCCCCUCAAGUUUACCAAGACAAUUCUAAUCCACAUGACGACCUAUAUGCGAUUGAGGAUGCUGUUGGUCAAUCAGUCCUUGUGGGAUCGCAGAAAGGACAACAGAACACUCUUCUUGCUGGCAACAGGAUGAUAAACGAGUCCAAGCUUGUCGAUGCAGUCAGAAGUCAAUAUCUGGCUAAGUAUCCAUCCGAGAUGAAAGCCUCGCAGCAUCUCGUUCACGUCACGGGUACCCAGCAAAACCGAAUCAAUUACGGCUGGGGCGACGCCAGAAUGAUCGACAUCCAAUUCCCUCUAAUGGGUACUUGCAAACCCAAGGUUUCCAAGAGUAAAGAAGUUGCCGAAGGCAUCUAUUGCGGCCAAGAGGCUGGAUGCCAGGUCACUCGACAAGUCACCCUUACCGAUGGCUACGAAAGCACUCUUGGUUUCGGCAUCAGCACUACUAUCAGUGCAGAAACGGACAUUGUGUUCGUCAAAGCUUCCAUCGCAACGACGUAUGAAUUCUCCUACGAAUAUAAAUGGUCACACAGCGAGUCGUCCACGAAUUCGUACACUUUCAACCUGCUCAAAGGCGAAUAUUGCACCCCGAGCAUGGUUCAUCUGAAUCUCGAGUGCGAUGUCGCGUCCGACAUUGUCUUUUAUGACACCACCUGGGACGACGGCCCCGAGAAUAUGUGGUUAGAGGAGAACAACCACCGGAUGGGCGGACCUUACCAAUACGGGCAAUGGUGCCGGACAAUGCACCUCAAAGAAGACAUUCUCAAGCAAGACAAAUACUUCGACGCCGUGCUGAAGGAGGAUCCCCCCAGAGGAAAAGCAUGGUUGCGCCCUUCGAGCGAGCUCAAUAAAUACAAGAAGAAUAGCAAUGACAAAGACAUCCACGAUGACGAGGUUGUGAUACGCAGAGGUGAAAGGGGCCGUGGUGGUGACUUCAGCCAGGUCUUUGUCUGUAAGAGAUAUCUGCCUUCAACGCAGCGAGAAAAGACGGAUGUCCCUGUUCAUGGGAGUUCGAACAAGCUUCUAGGCUUUAUUGGCUGCAUUUGA